AUGGUCUCAUUCGAGGAUCCAACUGUGCUUACUGAUUUCAUGGAUUCUCAGCUUAAGAAACCGAUGGCUUUCAAGAUUGAUUCAACUGGACGACCAGUAUAUCAAUCUCGUAACGACUUCGGCCCACUCAAAAGCCUAAGAAGUAUACCACAGCUCGUCGACUUUGGUUUGACAACUAGACUCGAGGAAGACGAUGACUGGGGCGUUUGGCCUAUUCAGCCAGACCACUAUCGAGCGCCAGAGGUCAUACCGGGCAGUGGAUGGCAAAUGCCUGCAGAUAUUUGGAACCUUGGUGUUCUGUUACGGGAUAUGAUCGAAGGCAAAGAACUAUUUCAGCAUAUCCAUGAUAAAGAAGGUCGCUACGAUGCUAAACUACACAUUGCCGAAAUGAUAGCCUUACUCGGUCCACCUCCUCCAGAGAUCAUACAAAGGUAUCAAUAUAUGCUAGAGUGCUCAUGGCCGGAACCUGUCAGACGCGAAGAUGGCAGAGUUUGCGGGGCCGCAGAGCAGUACUUUAAUGGGCCAUUCUUUGACGAAAAAGGCCGCUUCCUCUACGAGAACUUGAUCCCCAAUCGCAAACUAAGACAUGCAGCUUCAUUCCUUAAAGGAGAGGAAAAGGAAGCUUUUUUGGACCUCGCCAGGGGAAUGCUUAUCUAG